CUUAGUUCACUUAGAGCAGGUCUUCAAGGUUCUUCCUUUUUCUUCUUCAUCCAUGGGGGUGAGCAGGCCCAAACAGCGGAAGAAGCCCUGCUCCAUACAGAGUCUGACACUGGAGAUCCCUGCUGUCCGUAUGACUCGUUUCAACUUUUUUCAAGCUGUUGUUCCAUGUACAUGGGUUUCCUCUCUGAGUAGUUUUCCUCCCUCACGCUGGUGACGCCAUUCAGGACACUGGUGCAGUCCAGCUGACGGAAGGCACCCUCACCACAUUUGCACCUCCUUGCAAAGCUGGACGAGGCGAGGAGCUAUUGCUGGUACCACCUCUAAACACAGCUUUCUGGAGGCCAAUGCUUUUUUGAGGCUUCAUACGGGAUGCUGGCCUUUCGUACCUCUUCCCAGGAGAAACAGGAAUUUAAUCUGGCGGGGUCCCCUGUGUCUCUCCGCCCGGUGCCCAUUCCUAGGGGCCACCGGAGUCCUGUGUGUCUGCCGGAGGCUCCUUACUUCCUGCUGCCCCCCCGCAAUGCUGCCGUUCACCCUGGGGACAAGGCUACAUUCUAUGUCAAGGUUCAAGGCAACCCUGAGCCUUCUGUGAUCUUCUUCCACACGGGGGCACAAGUGGAUCACUAUGUGCACCCUUACAACCUCUGCCGCCUGGGCCACGGUGUCCACAUCCUCACCGUUGUGGAUGUAAGCCCUGCCACUGCAGGUCGCUACACAUGUGAAGUUACCAACUCCGCUGGCCAGGUCCAGAUGAGCUUCCGCCUGGAGCUGAAAAAUCAAGUGGGUGAAUCUGCGAAACAUAUACUGAGCAGUUCUCAGUUAAGCUGUGUUGCUUGUGGUGUCAGCUGCCAGGAGGAAGUGCUUCGGAGAUGUUCACUCAGUAUGCGACUGCGAUACCACAGCUGGGGAGAAAGUCACCCUCGUUUUGUGACCAAGCCAUGCAGCGUUACAGCGAAGGAGGGUGAGAGGGUGGAGUUCAAGGCUCGCAUCACAGGGCGACCUCCUCCCUCUGUUAGUUGGCUGAAGGACUCCAUGGUUCUGCCCAGCACCUCUACAAUCCAUUCCUUCUUCUCUUCUGGCUUCCACCUGCUGCAGCUGGGCAAGGUGCAGAGGGAUGAUCAAGGCCUGUACACAUGUCGACUGUCAAGCAUGGCAGGGGAGGCCAGCGCAUCUGCACAGCUCACUGUCACAGAAGCCAAUCCAUGCAGUAUUCUGACCCACAGCUGUACUUCAAAUGAGAUGUACCUGCAGCCCUCAGUGCAGGACCAAGACAGCUCCGCUGGCGGCGGCAGUCUGGGCAACGGGCCCACCCCGGGGACAGUGGUCUCCAGGAGCAGGACAUAUCCGGUUCAACUGGCCACAGAGAACAAGCCAGGUCCUGCUGCAGAGUUGAACCCCCCUCGCUUCACUGAGCCCCUCAAGGAUUGUACGGUGGACGAAGGCUGUGACAUCGUACUGCAUGGGGUCCUUGCGGGAAGCCAGCCCUUUCACAUCUCUUGGCUGCACAAUGGCGAGCCUGUGCACUUUGGGACACCCUCACUAGAUGGGGUCGUGGUAAGGCUAGUGGUGGACGACUGCUUGCCCGAGGAUGCUGGCGCAUACACCUGUGUGGCAGAGAAUGCAGCAGGCAAGACAUCCAGCAGUGCAGCGGUGUGUGUUCGAGAUUACGAAACCAUAUGUGCGAUCCACAACAAGAAGUCAGUCACUCCCCCACUACCCAAUUGCAUUCUGGAGAGCAAAAGCUGGACAUUUGCUCACGGUCCAGAGAACAACAGUACCCAGCAGGAGCGGAAGGAGCAAAAGACCCUGCGGAGCUUUCCCGUGACGCAUAAGAAAGGAAUUACUCCAAAGAGGAGAGCCAGUUCAGGAACAGGGCUGCCUGUGCAGCUGAAGGACCCCCCAAAGCAAGUGGAGGUGCGAGCUGGGGAAACCGCUCGGCUGCAGUGCUGCUUCAGCAGCAGCUUCCCAGUGGCAGCCUGCUGGAUACAUAACAAAGACCAGGUGGUGGAUGGUUCUCGGAUCUGGGUGGAGAACGGGGACAAGCACAGCACACUGGUCGUUGCAGAGGCACAGGCCAGUGACGUGGGCAGCUACAUAAUCGUGGUCCGGGACCGCAAGGGCUGGGUCCAGCAUGCUGUCAGCCUCACGGUUAUUGACCGUCCCCAGCCGCCAGCCUCCUGCCCCGUCAUCUCACAGAUCUCCGGUAGUUCCCUGGUGCUCUCGUGGUCAGGACCCUGCUACGAUGGGGGCAGUGCCAUUGUUGGGUACGUGGUGGAGACAAAAAAGGAGGGUCCCGGAGAACCAGGGGAAUGGAAGGAGCUGACAGGCUGCUGCCGGAGCACCUCAUACCGGGUGCGUUCAGGACUCGAGCCCCUGUGCGAGUACAGCUUCCGAGUGCGAGCUUACAACGCAGUGGGGAUCAGCAGGCCCAGCAAGGAGUCAGACAUCAUCAAGAUGGACACUGAAGGUAAAGUGCAGGAAGAGCCUCAGGUAUAUGAAGACUUUGUCAUCGACACCACUAACAAGGUCACGGAUCACUACACUGUGUUGGAGAGGCUGGGCAUGGGCAAGUUUGGCCAGGUGUUCCAGCUGGUCCACAAGGAGAGCGGCCGGGUGUGCGCCGGAAAGUUUUAUAAGGGUCGGCGGUCUAUGGAAAGGGAAGCAGCUCGCCGUGAGAUACAGCUGAUAAAGAGUCUGCACCAUCCAAAGCUGGUCCAGUGCCUGGGAGCCUACGACAGUCGCUCAGAGAUUGUCAUGGUGAUGGAGUACGUUGCUGGUGGAGAGCUGUUCGAGCGCAUUGUGGAUGACAACUUCGAGCACACGGAGCCCACCAGCGCACGUUACAUGCAGCAGAUCCUGGAAGGCAUGCGCUACAUCCAUCAGCGAAACAUCGUGCACCUGGACCUCAAACCCGAGAACGUGGUAUGUGUAGACAGUUCCGGGACAAACAUCAAGAUCAUUGACUUCGGACUGGCCAGCAAGCUGGAUCCAACCACCCCGCUGAAGAUUAUGCAAGGGACUCCAGAGUUUGUAGCUCCAGAGGUGAUCAGUUUUGAGCCUGUGGAGCUGGCAACUGACAUGUGGAGUGUUGGAGUUAUCUGCUACAUUCUGCUGAGUGGAGAGUCGCCAUUCCAGGGCAACAGCGAGUCCGAGACCCUGGCGCUGGUGACGGCCGCAGAGCUAGAGUUUGACGAGGACUUCAAGGAGAUUUCUGAUCAGGCCAGGGACUUCAUCAGCAACCUGGUGAAGAAGGAUGUUAGGCGCAGACUCUCCUGUGAUGAGGCUCUGGCCCACCCCUGGAUGGCUAGCUUUGCCACGGCUAACCCACGGUACACAAAGACACUCCCAAAGGAGAAGAUGAAGAAGUACCUGGCCAAGCAGAAGUGGAAGAAAACAGGGAAAGCCCUUCUUGCUCUCAAGAGGCUGGCUCUGCUCUCCAGUAAGGUGGAUGGAACCAGCAGACCUACCAGUCCUGGUGAAGACCCAGGUUUGACACCAGAGGUUGAGAAGGCUUUGAAGUCCCUGGAGGAGAAGCUGUUGUCUCAACCCUAUUUCUCCCAGCCUCUGAUGGACCAAGUCGUCCCACGGGGCUCCACAGUCCAUUUAAUCUGCAACAUCCAGGGAUACCCUGACCCAGAGGUGGAGUGGCUGAAGGAGGAGGAGUCGCUGAAGGAGUCAUCCCGUCUGCGUGUCGAGUAUGAGGAAGAUGGUUCCUGCAUGCUGCUCCUUGCUGAUGCUGAGUCAGGCGACUCAGGUCUCUACACCUGCAGAGCCGCCAACAGCCAGGGGGAAGCGCACUGUUCGGCAAGGCUCUCUGUGGAGGGCUAGAAGGCUGGGAGAUCUUCUGCACUGACAGACAACUUUAAACCCAUCUAGCACUUGGUCCAGGUGGGAAAACCUGCACAUUUGUGUAAAUUUGGACCCAUCAGGAAACAGAAUUCCUUUCAUCCUUAUUCUGCACUUUCUGCUUACAAGCACUUGUCUAAUAACAUUUUCAGGUUUGAAACUGCUUUGACAACAUUUUGUGUUUUCAUUGGGAUCAUAGUCCUCCAACAGCACAAAAUGCUGUAAAGAAAAAUUACAGCCAGGUAUAUUUUUUAGCCAACAUGUCAUGCACUGGUUAAAUUUUCUCAUUUUACACAUUUAAAAGG